CCCAGCUCCCCCCCCCCCCCAUGGUCACAGGAUGCAGGGGGAGAAUCUGGUGGCCACUGGGAUUAGUGGCUCCAGAUGUCACCUCACUGAGGGAAACCUGACGCUUGUGGGGCCACCAUCCCCAGGAGCCAUGAGAGCCGCGCCUGUCCUGUGGCUGGCCAUCCUGCUGUGCCGGGAGCGAGUGCGGAGCCUGCUGUGCUACACCUGCCCCGGGGCGCCCAGCGCCAGCCUGUGCCCGCCCGCCCAGUGCCUGAGGCCUGGCAUCUGCUUCGAUAGUAACAUAACCACGACCUCGAGCAGUGGAAUGCAGGUGAGGUCAAAGUACAAGGGGUGCGCUCCCUCCUGCGAGGAAGCUAAGGAGACCCUGCAGUGGAUUUUCCUGAUGAGUAGCCUGGACCAGCUGGACCAGCUGGACCCCAGCCUACCCAAGUCUGAACUGCAGAGUUUGACGUGCUGUGAAAAGGACCUCUGUAAUAGGGGGGCGCAGGCCCUGGGCCCCGGCGGGGGGCUGCUGCUCGGCCUAGCGCCCGCCUCCCUCUGGGCCCUGCUGUGAGCAGCCCUGACCCCAGCACAGAGGGCAGACUUCCACGCAGCAUGCACACGAAGCAAGCUCGCUGCCCCGCACACGCACGCACUCGCACGCACACACGCGGACACUGCAGACCCUGUAGACCUUCAGCUGCUCCUGCCCAACCUCCCUGGCACCCAGUGCCCUGCUAGGCCAACAGGCCUGUCCCCCUUUGCAGACACCAUCAGUUAACCACUGACCCAAGAUGCAGAGCCUGUCGCGCCCUGGCCCUGACCAGACGUGACCUCUAGGACAGCAAAGCCCGCAGCCUUGCCCAGGGCCAGCCAACACUGUGCCAGCCGGGCCGGAGAGAAUAAACACUUUCCACAUCG